AAUACAUAGAUGUUUUAGUUCCAAAAUCCAAACAAAUUGGUAAGGAUUACGAUGGGAUCAGAAACAGAGAACAGAAAAUCUCUACCUAUGAUCGAUUUCAACGAUGAAAACCUGAAACCCGGUACUCAAACAUGGGUUUCCACUUGUGAUGCUGUGAGGGUUGCCUUAGAGGAUCACGGUGGAUUCCUAGCACACUACGAUAAGGUUGAUCCAUUGCUCAAUCACUCUGUCUUCUCUGCAAUGAAACAACUCUUUGACCUUCCAUUACAAACAAAAAUGCAGCACACCACUGAUAAACCUAUAUAUAGUUACGCAGGACAACGCCCUGAUAUUCCUCUGUAUGAAUCCAUGGCCAUCGAUAACCCGUUGAAUGCUAAAAGUUGUCACAACUACACAACCAUUAUGUGGCCACAAGGGAAUCACCAAUUCAGUGAAAGUGUGAAUUCCUAUGCAAAGAAAGUUGCAGAACUGGAUUACACUGUUAAGAGAAUGGUGUUUGGGAGCUAUGGAUUGGAGAAUGAGAAAUGUGAGCGUUUGCUUGAAUCAACAGAUUAUGUUCUGAGAUGCUACAAAUAUAGAACACCUGAGAUCGGUGAGACCAAUUUAGGGGUGCGUGCUCAUACAGAUUCUGGUUUUCUUACAAUAUUGAAUCAGAGGUUAAAUGGCUUAGAAGUUCAGUUGAAGAAUGGAGAGUGGUUCCAGGUUGAUGCCUCACCCUCCAUCUUUGUUGUCUUGGCUGGUGAUGCAUUUAUGGUAUGGAGCAAUGACAGAAUAUGUGGUUGUGUACACAGAGUAUUCAUGAAUACAGAGGUAGAGAGAUACAGUUUGGGGCUGCUUUCAUAUGCUGGAAAAGUGAUGGAACCAGAGGAAAAAUUAGUGGAUGAAGAACACCCUCUUCGUUAUAAACCAUUCGACCAUUAUGGAUACCUUCGUUUCUUCCUUACAGAAGAAGCUGUGAAAGCUGCUUCUAGGAUCAAGGCAUACUGUGGUAUUUGAGUGCACAUAAUAUGUAGAAAGUGAAGUCUUAUGAUAUGAAUAUAUCAAAUUUUUAAAUGUUUAUUUGGUGACUACUUUCUGUAGUUAUGUGUUUGUAAAAUAAAAUCUAAAUUUUAGAGUUUCUACUUAUGUAUUAUGUACAAGGGGGUUUGUCUUUGUGUAAUAUAUUUGUUGUUAAA